CAAUAAAAUUUGAUUUGGAUUUGUCUGAAUACUGUCCGAAUGCACUGUAUGUGCCUUGGUCUUCCAGGAAGAGCAGAAAUGCCUUGCCAAUGUCACACUCAGCCUAAUAUAAGUCUAGGGGUUCUAUACAAAUCGAUCUGAAGUUUACAAUUUCAACUUCAUCAAAUGCAAGUAUCAUUGACAAAGCCAACACCAUUCCUUUACCAACCAGCAUCCAAGCAGAGCCAUUAUUCUAGCCCAUUAUCUGAGCAAAAACAUUCUGGAGUGCUGUCUAAAGGCCACAGAUCAGUGAUGAAACGGUAGGCAUAUGUCCUCCCAUGAAAAUGCUCAUUGUCAUCACUGAGGAUAUUGUUCGUAUUUUACUGUAAAUUUUAGGUCCAGUGUCUCUGUUUUGAUUCACAGAUGACGGAUGCUUACUGAACAAAACUGCUGGUAACCCCUGCUGCUACGCUGCUCUAGUUGGCUGACUGGAUAUGUACAGGCUGACACAUCUAGCAACACCUCCAGGUGUGCUUAUGAGCUGCACACCAAAGACAACAGAAACAAAAAAAAGGAACUGUGAAAUGAAGGCAUUGUCUGCAUCUUGAUAAGAGGAUUUCUAACCAACAAGGAGACUACUCAAUAAUUGACUUUUGUAAAAGAUGUUCCCCUGGUCAGCAGUGUUUUCUCUGGAGCCGAAAGUGCCUGGACAGCGUACGGCAGAAGAACUAGUCACCAACACCCUGAUGCUGGAGCUGGGUGCCAUGGUGAAGCGCACCGAACGUAUCCGCCUGGAAAGGGUGACAAAAGAGGGCCGGCGCCGGCGCAGCUCUUCCUCCGCUGACUACAGCUGGCUGGCCACUGCCCCCACCCACCAACCCUAUGAGCUGACCCCCCGAGACCUGAUAGAACUGCAGGACCUGUGUGCCAAGGUGCCACCGUCUCAGUGUGGCCCUGUCAUUGUUAGGUUCAGGAAUCUGGUGACGGAGAUUGAGCCGGAGGUUCACGAGGUGGCUCGUCUGUUCCGCACAGUUCUACGUGACUGCGUGGAGGGAGAAGAGGAGAACGAGGAGAUGAGGAUGAGGUCAGCCGGCUGGGACAAACAACGCAGCAAGAGCCUCUCCUUUGUAACCUUCCGCUCCAAGUUCCGCCCCGCUCCCUUCAGGGGCGGGGGCCUGGGCGGGUCACGUGGCAACCUGCAGGAGGAGUCCAGCUGGUACGAGGAAGACGAGGUGGAGCAGCAGGAGGGAGCAGCAAACGUGGCGAGAGCGGCCAGGAAGGGGAGGAGCAUGAGCAUGCCUGAUAUCACCCCCAUCGAACAGAGUGCACUUGGCUGAGGGAGGGAUGGAGAAAGAGAAUAGGAGAUGAGAUUGAUAGGGGAGAAGGUCAAGAUGAGAUGCAACAUGAGGACAGCUCACACCUCAGCAGAUUUCCACUGACUGUUUAGACAUAAUGCAGUUACAUAUGCAAGAGUAGAAUUGCAAGCUUAGCCAGCAGAUAUACAAUACUAUUUUGUUUUUUUUAUUGUGAAUUACAUUUUCCGAAUGCGUUAACACAUGAAAUGCAUGUAAAAUGAACUAGAAAAUACAUGUCUUAUUUUCCAACAGAUCCUUGAUAAUAAAUUAGUUUGUGUGGAUUA